AUGUCGAUAGAUAGAGAUCGCCGAUACCUUGGACCGCAGACAUGGAUAUGGCUGGGUAUUUGUCGUAUCAUGUCGCAGGUGCAGGAGGACAAUAACAGCUGGAUGUCGCAAAUGACAGUGAACACCGGGGAGGUUGAGGAUGAUGAGCUGAACCCUUCGAACGCUGUUUGCAACCCCAGUAUCAAGAUUUCCACAUCCAUUUAA